AUGGACAGUUGAUUAGAUUUAUCCGAUAAAUUUUGACAGCUGACAGAAAUGAGGGAUUCAAAGAAGUUAUCAAUAAUGAUCGUCAAAAAUGUAAUUGAGGAGAUAACUUAAUUGGCUGUUGAUAGAUCACGUUGGAAAUGGGCAUACGGAGAUGGAACGGUGAGGUGGUGGCAGACCGCGGGCAGGGAGCGGUGAGCUGGUGUUGGCAGACGCAGCUGGAACGAGCAGCUCCGGGACUGCCUCGCUCAGUCGGCCUCUGACCCGUGUCUCGCGCGAACGCAACAGCUCUCCCGAAGUCUACGGGAUCUCCCCGCCGGAUUUCGAUACCUCCGUUCUCGGGCGCGCAAGAUUUUCGUUCGAUAUUUUUCUUUUUAUGUUUUCAUUUCUGUAUUUAUCAAUUCAUGAAAAAUGUAUAAGUAAAGGCAUAUGGUAGAUAUUCCGAUGAAAUGCAGACACUAUCCAUUAUUAAAAUCAUAUAAACCAUUCAACACUAGUUUCUCGCACCCCUAAUCAUUUCCAAGGAAAGUGUAGUGAAGGAAGAGAAAAUGAGCAUCCUUCCGGGCUGAAAACCCCCCACGGCGCCGCACACGCAUGCCGUUGCCUGAGGAAAUAUGCUGCCACGAAAUGACACCAUGUCCAGCUUGAAGAGCCACGUGGAGCGAGCCAGAACAGCUUCACUCUCCAUGUUAGACCUAACAUAGACCGAAUCAUAGUUCCAUACUUAUUCUCAUAAACGGUAGUUAUCGGGAAACAAGGAAUAAAGAGAAGCAAAAGAAAGGAAAAAGAUCAGAGAAAGAGGAAGAAAAUAAAAAUAAUGAUAACAAUACCUCCCAGGUGCUAAGAGAAACCUUCAAAUAGCGAAUGAAUCACGGUUGAUCUUUCGGCCACAAACAAACACAACAAAACGCUACCACAACGACGACUUCCCAGGCAGAUUUCCAUGCUAGAAGAUCACCUGUUGUAGGCGGCACGCGAAGACUUCAACUGCACUAUCAAGAAUAUAUUUAAUUGGCAUGGUGUGGCGGCGUUCGCAGGAGUUAAGAUGACGCCUGGCCUCCUGACGAUGCUCAUUUGUCUGGCUGCCGCAGUGUCUCCCAGUGGCGCAGACGAGGCGGAGUACCGUCUCACUCGAUAUCUCAUGAGCAACUACGACAAAUCAGUGAGACCGUCUUUCAAGGCAGCUGACGCCCUCAACAUCACCUUUGGCCUCGCGCUCACACAAAUCAUCGAUGUGGACGAGAGAAACCAAAUUCUCACCACAAAUUGUUGGCUCAAUCAGAUGUGGCUCGACUACAGCCUUCAGUGGAAUGCCUCGGACUUUGGAAACAUCCGCGUCAUCCGCCUCCCCGCCGAGAAACUGUGGAAACCGGACAUCAUCCUUUAUAACAACGCUGACAGCCAGUACAACACCGCUAUCCUCAGCACCAACAUUAUCGUGACCUCGGACGGGAACGUAACCUGGCUCUCGUCGGCGAUCUUCAAGUCGUCCUGCUCGAUCAACGUCGAAUUCUUCCCCUUCGACGAGCAGAAGUGCGUCAUGAAGUUCGCCUCGUGGACGUAUGAUGGAUUUCAGGUGAAUUUGGUGAUCCAGACGGAGGAGGGCGACCUGAGCAACUACGUGACCAACGGCGAGUGGGACUUGAUCGACAUGAUCGUGGAGCGGAAUGUGGUCUACUACUCCUGCUGCGAGGCUCCCUACCCGGACAUCACGUACCAUAUCAUCCUGAGACGCCGCCCGCUAUUCUACGUGUUCAACCUGAUCCUGCCGUGCGUGCUUAUCACCGGCAUCGCCCUAAUGAGUUUCUACAUGCCUAGCGACUCCGGAGAGAAGGUCACGCUGGGUAUCACGACGCUGCUGUCCAUGACUGUGUUCCUCAUGGUGAUUGGCGAAUCCAUGCCACCCACGUCGGAGAAGCUGCCGCUGAUUGGCCUGUACUACGGCGUCACCAUCUCGCUGGUGAGCUUCGCCACGGGGCUGUCGGUCGUCACCCUCAACAUCCACCACCGGGGAAUGCGCGGGCGGGAGGUGCCGGCGUUCGUGAAGAAGGUCGUGUUCAGCUACAUGGCCAAGAUGAUGUGCAUCCGCCUGGACAUCCCCGAUCCCAUGGGAGGCCAGGGUCACAAGUUCGCCUCCAACCUCAAUCAUCAUAGCGAGGGCGUGUUCCGCGAGGGCGCCGGCCAGCUGGAGAUGAGCGAGAGGCUGCUCGACCCCGAAGUCAAGUGCGAGAACGGCGGCAUCCCCCCCACCAGAGUGACCGGCGGUCUCCACGGCCAGCACGCCUGCCCCUCGACCCACCCUUGCCUGGACACUUUUGAGCGACACUUCCUCCGCGUGCUGAACAAAGUGUACCAAACCAUCGAGAAGAACGAAAUACGACUGGCGGAGCAGGACCGUCGAGACACCAUCAAGCUCGAGUGGCAACAGGUGGCGCUGGUUGUGGACAGAUUUCUCCUCUGGAUUUUCAUUAUAGCUACCAUAAGCACCACUUUCGGGAUCAUGUAUAUGUCCCCCCACACCAAGCUCUUUACCAUGUGAGGGAAAAGUAAGCGGCUGCCUCUCGGGAAGAGAGGGAGGGAAGAGGAACAGAAAGAGGCAGAGAAACAAAAACCAAAGAGGAGGAGGAAGAGAUAGGGAGGGGGAAGAAGAAGAAAAGGAGGAUUGGUAAAAAGGAAAAAGUGGAAGGAGACGGAGGACAAGAAAACGAAGAAGAUAGGGGGUAAAGGAAGAGGAAAAGCAGAAGAAAAGAAUCUACUGAAAUGAAACAGAGGAAGAUGACGAAUGAAAAGAUUGAGAUUUUCGCCCGAGACACAGGCGCCAGCGUCUCGGGAGCCUUCGAAUAAGUGCCGCAAGUCUAGAGCAUCGCCCUUUCGUUGUUUAGGCCAAUUCAAGUUUUCUGCUUGAAUAUAUAUGCACACACACACACA